AUGUGGAAAGGCUUUUUGAGUAUUUUUGGGGGUUUCCUUACCCAUCUUGUUACAGGUGCAUUCUAUUGUAUACUUCAUUUAUGAGAGUAGUUUGGGGCAAUAUUUCCAUGAAUGUCAGCUCUUACUAUCGCUUUAAUGGAUACCCAGAUAUUGAAACAAAAACUGUUUCUGCUGUCUUUCCUGCCAUAUACUUUGGGAUUGCUAUAGGAAGUCAAUUUGGUAUUCAUUUGGCUCGCCGUUUUGGUCAUAAGUUGAUAAGUGUAGUAAAUAUGUUGUGUUAUUGUGCAUCUAUGUAUGCAGCAACAUAUAGCAACUUUUACUUUUUUGUAUUCUUUCAAGGUUUAUUACCAGGGGUUUUUAUUGGAAUUGAGUACUUAAUUCCAGUCGACAAUGCAUUGAAAUUUUUUCCUUCUAAAAAAGGCAUGGUCACAGGAUUAAUAUUAUGUGGAUUUGGAUUCACACCACUUGUUUUUAAUCCAAUAUUAUAGAAACUAUUAAAUCCGGACAAUAUUCUUCCAGUCAAUGGAUACUAUCCAGAAGAAGUUGCUGAAAACCUGAUGAAAAGUCUAAGAAUUGUUACCACCAUUUAUCUAGUGUUGGGAUUAAUCGGAGCGUUUUUGAUGUAAUCAAUAAACUAAAGUGACGAUCAUGAUGACGAAACAUAUAAACAGUACACAUAAUAAUUAAUAUCGAAAGAAAAUUAAUCUAAAAUGACGCACAAGUCAGUGUAAAUACUUAAUUUGAUAUACUCAAGAAAAAAGAGUUUUGGCUCAGUACAUUUUAGGUAUUUUGUUUAACUGGUUUUGGAUUCAUCCUUAUCUCCCACUAUAAGGAGUAUGGUAUCGUCCAUAUACCAGAUGACUAGUUUUUUUCAUUAGUCGGUAUGAUUGGUGGAUUUACAAAUGGGUAUCAUUAUUUCAUUAAAAUUACAGC